AAUUGCGUUUCGGCGCGUAAUGGAUGAUGCACGUGAGAGGAGUUGUUGGCCCGAGCGCGGCUUGGCUCGCACCUGCCGGCUCGCUUAUGGCACCUGCCCACAGGAAUUCGUGACUUCCUUUCAGUCGUCUCUGUACUAACCCGCAGCUCACCCACGACCACCGUCGAGAACAUCAUCGAAAAUGGUCAACCUCCGCACGCAGAAGCGCCUUGCGGCCUCCGUUGUCGGCUGCGGCAAGCGCAAGAUCUGGCUCGACCCCAACGAGACCAGCGAGAUUGCCAACGCCAACUCUCGCCAGACCAUCCGCAAGCUCGUCCAGGAUGGCCUCAUCAUCCGCAAGCCCGUCACCAUGCACUCGCGCACCCGUGCCCGUGAGCUGACAGCUGCCCGCCGUAUCGGCCGUCACCGUGGUUUCGGUAAGAGGAAGGGUACCGCGGACGCUCGUAUGCCCAGCCAAAUUCUGUGGAUGCGCCGUCUCCGUGUCCUCCGCCGUCUUUUGGUCAAGUACCGCGCCGCCGGAAAGAUCGACAAGCACCUCUACCACGAGCUGUACCACCUCUCCAAGGGUAACACCUUCAAGCACAAGCGUGCCCUCGUUGAGCACAUCCACAAGGCCAAGGCCGAGAAGGCUCGCGACAGGGCUAUCAAGGAGGAGAUGGACGCCAAGCGUGCGAAGACCAAGGCCGCGAGGGAGAGGAGGCAGGAGCGCGUGGAGCAGAAGCGCGUUGCUCAGCUGGGCGACGACGCGUAGAUGGACGACAUGACAAACAACCGGCGUGGGUCUUUUCAGGGUUAAAGGAGGGCGCAAAUCUCCUUUCUAUCUCGGCAUAUGCGGUCAUGUUUCAUGUACGUCUGGGUUGCAAACGAGCACUUUUCUCCAUGCUGCAUACCCGACUGACAAGGCUGCCUCUUCUGAACUCCCGAUGCUUAUGAAUGUCCAUGAAAAAGGGAUAGGAUGCAUCGGCAC